AUGUUGCAUGUCAGUCAACUGGAACAUCUACCCAUCAAACCCGAAGCAAUCCAAUGUGAAACAAAGCGUGAUUAUCUCUUGUCCAAAGUUUAUAAAAACGUUUCCAGAGGUUGGUGUGUAAAUUCAGAGUCAAAGGAGAUGGACCCAUACUUUACACGCCGUGGUGAACUAACUAUUCACCAGUACUGUCUUUUAUGGGGAAUCCGUGUUGUUAUUCCGCCGUCACUGCGAAGUCAAGUUUUGGAUGAGCUACAUCAAGGCCACAUUGACAUUGUUGACGCUUACUCUAAGUGGCCAGAGGUGAUACCUAUGAAAAUCACAACAUCUUCCCAGACCAUAGAUGUAUUACGUACUGUUUUUGCAAGUAAUGGCCUACCAUUACAAAUUGUAAGCGACAAUGGACCUCAAUUCACAUCAGAGGAGUUUGCCAAUUUUACCAGAGGAAACAAUAUAAAACACAUAACCUCAGAACCCUAUCAUCCCAAUACUAACGGUUUAGCAGAAAGAUUUGUACAGUCAUUCAAGAUGGGUCUCAAGUCAAUUUACAGGGGCUUCGUUACCGACAGGUCUAUUGGACUGGGGGAUAGUCCCCUCACCCUGGGUCAGAGCAAGACCUACAUUCUGAAUGUUCAUGGAUUAGAAAAUUUAGCUUUACUGAAACCUGCCUGGCAACAGACUAAUUGGCCUGAUAAGCCUAUAGCAUGGGGAGCAGCCAAGGCGGUAGAUGGCAAUUACUCUGACCGCUCAGCGGGAGGAAACCAGUGUACAAUAUCAGCUGGUGAACAAACAGCAGAGUGGAGAGUGGACCUACAGAGUGUGGUCAGCAUCAGUCACAUCAACAUCUACUACAGGACUGAUAAUACACCCAGUCCUGGUUCCUAUGUUGAUCGUUUUGCUGGGUUUUUCCUUUAUGUGUCACAUAAUAAAUCAAAGGACGACAGUCAUCUUUGUUUUCAUGAGAUUCAAACAGUAGACGGUACACCAACAGAGAACCAGACAAUCAGCUGUCCUGUACAUGGACGAUACGUUAUAUACUACAACGAGAGGAGACCGGGUGUCACGUAUCCAAGUUACUACUCUCGGCAUGCUUUCAAUGAAUUGUGUGAACUCGAAGUUUAUGGUUGCAGUAAUGCAAGAAAGUAUGGUGAAAAUUGUGACCAUUACUGUCCUGAAAACUGUCAGGAACAAAUAUGUAACAUCACCACAGGAGAAUGUUUGGGUUGUAUACCGGGAUAUCAAGGUCUGAGUUGCAGCAGAUCAUGUGAUAAUCAUACGUACGGUCAAGACUGUUCUCUAUCAUGUGGUAACUGUAGUGACGGAGAAACCUGUCACAAUGUCAACGGCACAUGUAUCAAUGGUUGUAUUUCGGGGAUGGAAGGAGAAAAAUGUCUAAAAGUAUGUAAUAAAGGUUCUUAUGGUGAAGACUGUAUACAUAAAUGCAGUGACGACUGUGGAGUACCAAACAUUUGUGACAGGUUUACUGGGGAGUGUGAGGGAGGGUGUCAGCCGGGAUGGAAAGGAAUACGUUGUGAUAAAGAAUGUGACGGUGGGAUGUACGGUUAUAACUGCAAUGAAACGUGUGGCCAUUGUCUUAAUGACGCUCAGUGUCAUCAUAUCAACGGUACCUGUUUAGACGGAUGUUCUGCUGGAUACGAGGGAUCGCUGUGUGUCAGAGCUACACCACCAACAGUGAAAAAGGACUUCAAAAAUAUUUAUGAGAAUAUAGACGUAACUUCAGAAUCCAGAAACACAAGUGGUUCUCGAUAUAUUCCAAGAUCAGGAACUCAAGAAAUGAAAGCGAGCAACGUUGAGGUAGACGAUGAUAUUGACAACGAUGAGAAAAUACAUGACGAAAAUCCAUACGGAGAUUUUUAUAUGAAUGAGGAAACAAUCCCAGAUAUUAAUAUCGAUCAAAUAGAAAACAUUAUUAGAGAGAAACAGCAAAAUGAAGAUGAUGGCUUUCAAAGGGAGUAUGCAGCACUCCCAUACGGGGAAAGAUAUCCUUGUAAUGCUGGAAAACAACCAGAAAACAUACCAAAGAACAGAUUCAAGACGACAUUUCCAUACGACCAUUCAAGAAUCAAAUUGUCAAACAGUCAGUCAGACUAUAUCAACGCCAAUUUUAUUGACGGUAUUAAUGAAACAAACAAGUAUAUUGCAGCGCAAGGACCUCGUCAGAACACAGUUACAGACUUCUGGACCAUGAUUUGGCAGGAAAAUGUCAACCAAUUAGUUAUGCUCACCAACCUCAAAGAAGGGAAUAAGACAAAAUGUUCCAAGUACUGGCCUGAUCUACACCAAACUACUACUUUCGGUGUGGUGUCCAUACAGUCGGAGGAGGAGCAUGAAUAUGCAUAUUACAAUAUCAGGAAAUUCAGAGUGACCCAUCAAGGGAUAAAGAAAUCCCGCGUAGUAACCCAGUACCACUAUACUGCCUGGCCGGACCACGGUGAACCAGAACUGCUCUGUCUUGUAGUUUUUCAUGACCACGUGACAAGGACAGCUUAUCAGCAAAAUAGUGGUCCUACUUUAGUACACUGCAGCGCUGGUAUAGGCCGUACAGGUACAUAUAUUGCUAUAGACGCUUUAUACAAGACGGGAAAAAUAGAAGGAAAAGUCAACAUCGCCGAGUACGUGAAGAAAAUGAGAGAAAACAGAAUGAACAUGGUUCAAACUUAUGAACAGUACAUGACUAUUUUUCUAGCACUUGACACUAUGUUCAAAGCUCCAACAUGUGUACAAACCAAACAUGAAUUCUUAAGGAAAGCAGAGUUAAUUACAAGAGAUAAACCAGCCAACAAGAGUGAGCUAAGAAUGGAGUUCCAGAAUAUUCUACGAGUGCGGCCCUCGUACACAGAAGUGGAUUACAAGAUUGCAGUACAAAACGGGGAUAGUAACGCUGUUCUUCCUCUUGACAAAUACAGUAUGUUCCUGUCGUCACGUGUACCAAAGCACGGGAAUUACAUCAAUGCUGUUACACUCUCUUCUUACACCAAUCGAAAUGCAUUCAUAGUAACACAUUAUCCCUCACAAGAGGACGUUGUUGACUUCCUUCGCCUGCUCACUGAUCAUGAGUCAGAUAUUGUGAUCUGUAUGGAUCCUCUCAGUAAUAUUGAAUCAAGAAAAGCAUGGCUACCAGACAUAAACAGUUCGAAAACUGUAUCCCUAUACACUGUACAUAGCGAGCAUGAACAAUUAACCGACGUGAAAUGUACCACAAUCAGCGUUACACAGAAAAUGGCGAACGUCGAAGAAUGUUCAGUGUCAAUUAUAGAGCCAAAAGAAAGCUCGAAAACUAUCGAACAUGCCCAGGCAGUAGCGGAGAUGAUAUGUUUGGUGUCCUUUGCUCUUCAAAGUGAAACAGAGGGUCCAAUUACAAUAAUCAGCAGUGACGGAGCAGUCCUAUGUGGUGUAUUUUGUGCUGUAUAUAACACACUACAACAGUUGUCUAUGGACGGCGAGUUGGACAUUUUCUCUACUGUCCGUCAGUUACAGAUAAGACGUCCAGAACUCUGCUCCUCAAUGGAUGAAUACAGAAUGGUUUACGAUGUUCUGUUGAACUACAUCCGGACACAAGGAGACACAUCAGAGGAAAAUGUUUACUACAACCAAUAAAUAGGAUAAUCUUAUGGUACAAUAGACUACUGUAGGCACAGCAUUAGAGGAAGCAAAAUCAGAACUAUGAACAUUUUAUCUGCUUUUUCUAUAAUAAGAAUAAAUGAUUGAAUCCCUUUAGG